AUGAUCUGCCAGUGGACCUUGAGAGUGGCUGGCCUGAUGGCCAGAGAAGGUUGCCUGGUGUUUGGUGGGAGCCCAGGGUGGUUUAAAGGCCUUGGGCUGCAAGCACAGCAGCGGAGGCGCUUGUCUCUGCAUGAGUACCUGAGCAUGGGGCUGCUGAAAGAAGCCGGCGUUUCCGUUCCUAACGGCCUGGUGGCCAAGACGCCGGAAGAAGCUUAUAAGGCAGCGAAAGAGAUUGGGACGGAAGACAUAGUGGUGAAGGCGCAGGUUUUGGCUGGCGGCCGGGGCAAAGGGACAUUCGAAGGGGGCCUGAAAGGAGGGGUGAAGAUUGUCUCCUCUCCGGAAGAAGCCCGGGAGAUCGCCUCCAGAAUGAUCGGCAAGAAGCUCUUCACCAAGCAGACGGGACAGCAGGGCCGGAUCUGCAACCAAGUCCUCGUCUGCGAGCGCCGCUACCCGAGGAAGGAGUACUACUUUGCCAUCACGAUGGAGAAGUCCUUCCAGGGCCCCGUGCUCAUCGGCAGCUCUCAGGGGGGUGUCAACAUUGAAGACGUGGCCGCCGAGGACCCUGAAGCCAUCGUCAAGGAGCCUGUUGACAUUGUGGAAGGCAUCCGGAAGGACCAGGCCCUGAAGCUCGCCCAGAAGAUGGGCUUCCCCACCAAGGUGGCGGAUGAGGCUGCGGACAAUAUGAUGAAGCUCUACAACAUCUUCGUUAAGUACGACGCCCUCAUGGUGGAGAUCAACCCCAUGGUGGAGGACUCUACAGGGAAAGUGAUGUGCAUGGAUGCCAAGAUAAAUUUCGACAGCAACUCGGCGUUCCGCCAGAAGAAGAUCUUCGCGCUGCAGGACUGGAGCCAAGAAGACACGAGGGACUGA